AUGGCCAGGGACUGUCAAAAUCCUGAUUUAAAAAUUGCAAAAUUUAAGAGAGCAUUAGCCAAAUCAAAAGCAGAGAUUGAGAGGUUACCCGUCAAGAGAAAGUUAGCUUUCAGCGAGGAAGAUGUUCUUUCAUAUGCUAGCGUAGAAAGAAAAGAGUUAGCAGUAUCAAUUAAAAAGUCGAAUGGACCUUUAAGAGGAAGUAUCCGCAAUUCGUAUGCUGAUCUUUCAGACUUUGAGGACGAUUUGGAGGAACUAAUAAAUGCGAUUAUUGAUCACCGCAACAAAUUAGUGCACUCUGGCGCUGGCGAACUUGAGAGUGUAUUUGACGAAAAACGAGUUCACUUAGGAGAAAGAAUCUCCCUCAAGUACGACGUUUACAAGGAGAUAUAUGAUUUGCUGUAUCCUUCAAAGUUUGUCAAAGAUCUCGCUAAAACGAUUUGGAAAAGAACAAAUUUGGUAAAACGUUAUAUCCCGUCUCAAAGAGUAGACAUUCUCAUUCAGUUACCCCAUCGAUCUGCACGGAAAAAAAUUACAACCAAAGAAAUUAAGAGUAUUAAAAAGUUGAAGUUGAUGAGGAGAAUUUCUUUUUGGAUGCAUUGGAGGAAAAUGAUGAGGAUGGUUUAGGUUUAGCUGAAAGUGGCGAAUUUCCAUUCAAGAAGUGUUUUUCAUCGCUUGAUGACAUGGUAAACAAUGAAGAAAUCUAAUAACCAGUAAAUGUUCCAGUUAACAAAAAUCGAAGUGAAAUAAUACUUAUGAUUGUAAAGUAUGCAAUUGUUCAUGCUUUGUCCUUGACCGAAAUUACAGAUUUAUUUAUGUUAAUUAACUGUGAUUUUGCGUACCAUAUUAUACAAAACACCAGGUAUUUAAUCGACAAAUUGUUUUACCCGAAAAAUAGUAUGGAACUUCAUGCGACAUGUCAUAAGUGUGGCGGAUACAUAGGUAAAUUUAGAAAAAAAGAUCACUUUCUGAAAUGCAAAGUAUGCAAAAUCAAUAUUGAGGUUAAAGACUACAAAUACAAAGAUUUUUUGUCACUUUAGAUGCAUCUUCACAUAUAUCAAAGUUGAUCGAGACAAAUAGUGAAUAUAAUACUUUUGUUGUCAGCGAAAGAGUUUACAAAAAAGGUUUAAUGCCGGAUAUUUAUGACGGUAAACUUUACCGCGAUUUUGUAAAAUGUUUAAGUCCGGCUGACAAACACAACUAUACUACUUUAAUCUUUAACACCGAUUGGGUACAGUUAUUCAGCAGUUCAGCAUAUUCUCUUUGGCCGAUUUUUGUAAUGGUAAACGAAUUACUGAUGCACACUAGAAGAAAAGAGCUAAUUCUCGUUGGUCUUUGGUUUGGGAAAAACAAGCCAAAUAUGAAUGUCUUCCUCGGUCCGUUCGUAAAUAAUAUGAAUGCUCUUGCACGAAAGGAGUCCAUUGCAAGAUAAACGACGAAGAAGUUAAUGUCAAAGUUUUUACUAAAGUCUGUUGCGUUGAUUCUAUAGCUCGCACUCCACUUUAGGGAUUUACCCAAUUUAAUGAAUUAUAUGGAUUUAAUCAGUGCCUCCAUCCUGGGGAGUGCGUUAAGAAUCCGAAUAAAGCUAAUUCUCGGGAUUCAGGAAAUAUUAAGUAUCCUUUGCAAAAUAAGGUUCCAA